CCGAGUGUGCGCCGGGUGUGAGCACCGCGUGUGCCCCCAAGAGCCCGGAGAGGAGCGUGGGGGGCGACCUGACCGACGUGGGGCGGAGAUGCCGGGCGGCUGAGAGUCACUUGCUCCAACUCCCGCGGGCCGGCGGCAUCCUGCGGGGAUGGGGCUGAAACCGGACUCGAGCCACUCGUGGUACCGCAGACUCCUCCAUCCUGGGACCCGUGUUUGCCCAUACGAAGGCAGUUAACCCGGGGCUCCUGCUUCCUGGAUGCUGCGAGUGGCAUGAACUGAAGAUGAUGAAAAUUAACUAUAAAUCAGGGAAAUGAAAAUCCUUGAGUUCUGAACUUUUGCAUAGGCAAAAGCGAACAGCAAGACCUUGAAUAAUUGACAUUUCUUCUCUGGACUAUGAAAUUGGACUCUCUGUGGACUGGAUUGCAACUGCAGAAGCAACACCAAGUGAACCUUGAAAGAUGCAUAUGGGGCUGCACAAAGAGAAGAGAGAAACUGGAGAAACCAAUGAAGUAAGGAAAAAGUUUAACAGGGAAAACUUGCUUUCCACGACCAACUGAACAAGCUGCCCUCGGAAGCUUUUCUUUGGCCCUCAUGGUGCCGCUGGGCCCUGUGCUGUGAGGCCCCCAACGGGACCCGCUCUCGCCCGUGGAUCACCCGGCGUGGUCAUCGCCAUGGCCAGCAAGAGGAAGUCCACCACCCCAUGCAUGAUCCCUGUGAAGACCGUGGUGCUGCCGGACGCCAGUGCUGAGGCCCAGCCUGCGGAGGCCACACGGGAGGUGCCCCAGCAGGAUAUGCCCCCGGAAGCACCUGCCACCAGCAGUGAGGCCACCCAGAGCGCCAGCAGUACCGACGGUGCCACGCUGGCCAACGGGCACCGGAGCACCUUGGACGGCUACUCAUAUGCCUGUAAAUAUUGUGACUUCAGAUCCCAGGACAUAACCCAGUUUGUGGGACAUCUGAACUCAGAGCACACAGACUUUAAUAAAGACCCAACUUUUGUAUGCACUGAAUGCAGUUUUCUGGCAAAAACUCCUGAGGGGCUUUCUCUGCACAAUGCCAAGUGUCACUCGGGGGAAGCCAGCUUUGUGUGGCAUGUGGCCAAACCAGACAAUCAUGUAGUCGUGGAGCAGAGCGUCCCUGAGAGCACCAGCCCUCCCGAUCCAUUGGGUGAGCCAAAUGUGGAAGGGACGGAUGGACAGGCUGAAAUCAUCAUCACCAAAACUCCAAUCAUGAAGAUAAUGAAAGGUAAAGCUGAGGCCAAAAAAAUUCACACGCUCAAGGAGAAUGUCCCCAAUCAGCCCACUGGUGAGGCCUUACCAAACCCUUCAGCGGGGGACGCGGAGGUGAAAGAGGGGGACCAUGCCUUUGUCAAUGGGGCGGUUCCAGUCAGCCAGGCCUCUACCAGCUCUGCCAAACCCCCCCACGCGGCCAACGGGCCCCUGAUAGGAACGGUGCCAGUGUUGCCAGCGGGGAUCGCCCAGUUCCUCUCCCUCCAGCAGCCGCCCCCGGCCCAUGCCCAGCACCAUGCUCACCAGCCCCUGCCCACGGCCAAGUCCCUUCCCAAGGUGAUGAUCCCGCUGAGCAGCAUUCCCACAUACAAUGCAGCCAUGGACUCCAACAGCUUCCUGAAGAACUCUUUCCACAAGUUCCCCUAUCCAACCAAAGCCGAGCUCUGCUAUUUGACUGUGGUCACCAAGUACCCAGAAGAACAGCUCAAGAUCUGGUUCACUGCCCAGAGGCUGAAACAAGGUAUCAGCUGGUCCCCAGAGGAGAUCGAGGACGCCCGGAAAAAGAUGUUCAACACGGUCAUUCAGUCCGUCCCUCAGCCCACAAUCACUGUUCUCAACACCCCUCUGGUUGCCAGUGCCGGCAACGUCCAACAUCUCAUCCAGGCUGCUCUGCCGGGUCACGUCGUGGGACAGCCGGAGGGCACAGCCGGGGGACUUCUGGUCACUCAGCCACUGAUGGCCAACGGAUUGCAGGCACCCAGCUCGUCUCUUCCCUUGGCAGUCACAUCUGUCCCCAAGCCGCCCACUGUGGCACCCAUUAACACUGUGUGUUCAAAUACCACGUCGGCCGUGAAGGUGGUGAACGCGGCCCAGUCGCUCCUCACAGCAUGCCCCAGCAUUACCUCCCAAGCGUUCCUCGACGCCAGCAUCUACAAAAACAAAAAAUCUCACGAACAGCUGUCAGCUCUGAAAGGUAGCUUCUGUCGGAACCAGUUCCCAGGACAGAGUGAAGUUGAGCAUCUGACCAAAGUGACCGGCCUCAGCACGAGGGAGGUGCGGAAGUGGUUCAGUGACCGCAGGUACCACUGCCGGAACCUGAAGGGCUCCCGGGCCGGGCUGCCUGGAGAGCACGGCUCCAUCCUUGGGGACUCUGUGCCAGAGGUGCCCUUCCCCCCAUCAUCCAAGGCCCCGGAGGUGCCCUGCAUCCCCACGGCGGCUACCCUGGCCACCCCUCCUUCGGCCAAACGACAGUCCUGGCACCAGACCCCUGACUUCACACCAACCAAAUACAAAGAGCGAGCCCCUGAGCAGCUCAGAGCCCUGGAGAGUAGCUUUGCACAAAACCCCCUUCCUCUCGAUGAGGAGCUGGACCGUCUGAGGACUGAGACCAAAAUGACCCGCAGGGAGAUCGAUGGCUGGUUUUCAGAGAGGCGGAAAAAAGUGAGCGCCAAGGAGGCCAAGAAGGUUGAGGAGGGUGCCUCCCAUGGGGAGGAGGAGGCUGCUGAGGACGAGGGGGAGGAGGGCUCAGCCGGUGACCUGAGGGUCCUGGGUGAGAACGGCUCCCCAGAAGUGCCCAGCAGCCACACACUGGCAGAACGCAAAGUCAGCCCCAUCAAAAUCAACCUCAAGAACCUGCGGGUCACAGAGGCCAAUGGCAGGAGCGAGCUUCCCGGGCUGGGCAUCUGCGAGCCCGAGGACGAUGUGCCGAACAAGCUGGCGGAGCAGCCCCCGGGCAAGGUGAGCUACAAAAAGACGGCCCAGCAGCGGCACCUGCUGCGGCAGCUCUUCGUGCAGACUCAGUGGCCCAGCAACCAGGACUACGAGGCCAUCAUGGCCCAGACGGGCCUGCCGCGGCCCGAGGUGGUGCGCUGGUUCGGGGAUAGCAGGUACGCCCUGAAGAACGGCCAGCUCAAGUGGUACGAAGACUAUAAGCGGGGCAACUUCCCCCCGGGGCUGCUGGUCAUCGCCCCCGGCAACCGGGAGCUGCUGCAAGACUAUUACGUGACGCACAAGAUGCUGUUCGAGGAGGACCUGCAGAGCCUCUGCGACAAGACCCAGAUGGGUGCCCAGCAGGUCAAACAGUGGUUUGCGGAGAAAAUGGGUGAGGAGACCCGGGCUGUGGCCGACACGGGCAGCGAGGGCCAGGGCCCCGGUGAGCCUGCGGCAGUUCACAAAGGGACAGGCGACACCUAUUCGGAGGUGUCUGAAAACAGUGAGUCGUGGGAGCCCAGUGCCCCUGAGGCCCGCUCAGAGCCCUUUGACACGCCGAGUCCUCAGGCUGGACCUCAGCUGGAAACAGACUGAAUGGGAAGCAAUGGCUGCGAAGGACUGGCCCGUCUUGAAUGCCGCCUGCUGCGUGGAAGGGCCCGAUCCAACUCUGCUGCCAAAGGCCGCCCCCAAGCCCAGUCUCUGGGCUCACACAGGGCUUCCCGAGGCCUCCACGCAGCCCAAGCCCACCGCUGCCCUGGCCUGCCACCGCCCAGCCAACGGGGAGAAGCGCCUGUCAGUUCUUCCGCCCACAACAUAGGACCUUUCCUUUGCCUUCCAGUGGAUAAAUAGUUCAGAGUUCAUAUUCAUAGACAGAAUCAAGUUUUUAUCAUAUAAAUCUGCCUACACACAUUUAAUAAAGCAUCAGAUGAUAAAUACUUUCAUUACAUAGAAACUCUGGUUAGCAAAGCAGUACCUUGUCUUUUACAUCAUCUCCGGAAACACCCUGUGUCUGUUCUCUGGAGCUCACUGGGCCGCAUGUUCCUGCACCUUCCUUGGUCGACUAGGGUUAUCACACACUCAGAACUACACCUGCAACCCCUGGGGCCCCCUUUGCCCUCCUCAAGGAAGGCAGCACCUUUGAAGAGAUGUCUGCUACCUUGAGCGGUGACCAGCAACGUAUCACAGCAGGCUUGCCUUGCCUUUUGGGAUAAUCAGGGCAGAACCUGCUGUUACCCACAGUUUAAAAAAAUGGACCGAUCAUGUGAUUAGUAUUUGAUGCUUUUCACUCUCUUUAAGUUGUUACAGUAUUUCUGCUUUAUCGUGGGAGUUUGAAUCAUGGACCAUAAUUCUCCAGUGAGCAGAUCAACUAAAGAAACAUUUGUUGUUAAGCCUAAUGUACUGAUGUGCCGCCUUUUUUUCCUUCAGUCUAGACGUGUUGAGGGCGAGAGGAAGAGACGAGAGAAAUGGGUGGGAGAUGAACACGGAAGUGCAGCCUUGGGCUGUAGCUCUGGCUGUUGGGCUUCACAGCCCUCUGUCCACACUCACUGCAAAGCCGCCUCUCGUUUGGGAAGGAGGACCCCGGCUCGCCCGGAGUGAGAGUGAGAGCUGGUGGGAUCCGGGGACUUCUCAGAGUUACCAGAGCCGGGGUGGCCCUCAGCACAAAGGCCUGUGUGUGGGGGUUCCUGGCAGAGCACCACAGUACUCCUGACCCCCGUGCCCGGGGCCUGGCAGGCGAGCUGGACAUCGCUGGACAGGUCCUUGUGAGGAUGUUUUUUAAAGUUCUAUGUUUAUAUCCCCAAACUGGAAACAAAAUCUCUGUCUACUUUAGCCUAACCCUCCUAUUCAUUUCUUUUUAAUUGAGAAAAAUCACAAGAAAAGGUGCCUUUGAAACAUUGGGAAACUUGCUUACAAAGCUGUGCUAAAUGGUAAAUACCUUUCUCUCCCAAGACCAGCUGCUCCGAGAGCAGCAGGCGAAGAGUGGGGCUGGCAAAGGGCGCAUCACUUCCCAGAAACCACCUGCUGCCCAAAGCACCAAGGCCUCAGAGGCCUGCUGCUCCUGGGCCCCGGCUGGGUGGGCAGCACAAGGAGACCCCAGAGACAGGGCAGGAGCUCUGGGCAAGAAAUGCUGGCGGUGGGUUAGGCAUGGUCCUCCUCCCUCAGCCCACCCAGGUUCUGGACCAGGCCCCCCACGGGCUUGGCUCUGAGCGCCUCCCACCACCAAGAGAGGCUUUCUUUGGAAACCAGAAGCCCUUGCACCCUCGUUCUUCUCAAGUGUCUUCACCUGCUCGCCCUGUCUCAUCAGGGACCACCUCUUCUUUGUUUCCAACAGGUGACUUGUGAGUCCUUGGCAAGUUGCGCAGCUUGUUUUUGUAUCCUUUCCAUUUUGGGUGUGAAGCUGUUGCCCCAAGGCCUCUGCAGAACUGCCAAGCAUGGCAAGUGAUUGCCUUUCUUCAGAGAACAGACACCUGCACUUUUCUUGUGGUGUUGGUGUACAUGCAGAUUAAUUUAUAUAUACACACAUGUACAGUACAGAUCCUCAUUUGAUCCUUGUGAACUGUACACCUGACGUGCACACUGGAGGAACUUAGUGGCACAUGGGUGUUGGGUAAAGUAGCCUGUAGGGGUGGCCGGGACACGGGGCAGCCAGGGCGAAGCCAUCUCCAAUGUCUGAGAUGCCACUCUGGGUGCACUGACUGAAGAGCUGUUUUUAGAGAGGAUUUUUUUCGUUAUUUUAUUUGUAUCCACAUGUCAUUUACAACCCAAACAGCAAGACAGAAAAAAUAAAUUACUUGGUGGACAAGUUAAUGCAGGACAGAGAGAGUGACCAGCCCUUGGCACCAGCUCAUCCUUGAAAGAUGGAGAAGUUACUGUGAUGCCCACCAUGCAGGUUUUCCUCCCAGAUGCUGGCCCUGCUCAACAGCCAGGGCCACAUUUCUAAGUGGCAGGAUGCCCAGGUAAGGAGCCUAGCAGGCAGACAGACCCUCCUCCUUCCUGUGCUCUCGGACGUGAGUGAGUAAGUCGGGUUCAAGCCUUAUGCUUGAAUGAGUGAAGUGAUCACAAGUGAUGGAGACAGACGGGUUGUCGAGUAGGUACCUAAGGGACAUUGCGGCAGGUACCCAGGGCUCUGGGAGCAAAGCCAUGAACACAGCCACCCGGGCACAGAGAAGUGCCUACUGCAGCCUGGAAUCGGGGCGCCCCAGAGUGGUGGGGAUGUGGGCCUGUGGCCAGGCAGGUCACCGUGGGUUUGCACCCUACCCGAGGGUUGGAUUCUGUGAUGUCGCCUUUGCUAGAAGGCAGUUGGUGGCCUGCAGAGCUGACGGAGGAAGGGUGGGGUCAGUCUCUCCCAAAGAACAAGCUUGUUUUACAGGGUGACUAAUCUUGCCCACCUCCGUAUGCACUUGGGCUCAUCAGAGAUGCUGAAGUGUGUCAGUGUUUUCCUUGUUGCCUUGUAUGUGUUUAGUUGAUUAUAUUUUUUACAUAGGGUUGUAGAUCCAGUUUUAAUAGGUGAGUUGUGAUAAAGGAAACCUGGAUUUAUGACACAUACACUUUGCAUAUUUUGAGUACUUAUUUUAAUUCUUGACGUUUAAGGAGCUUUUUGAUCUGGGAGGCAGGCUCUCAUUCUCUGGAGUCCCGGGUUCCUUAAGGGGAAAGCCCUGGCUGGAAGGUGUGCUGGCCCCUUGGGUGGGUGGUCCUGUGGGACUAGAGCUGCUUUGGCAGCUGAGUGCCCGGCAGUUGUCCGAGCGGACCAGAGCCCCUUGACUCAAGGCCCCACACCUGCUGACCAGAAGCGAAGGUGGGAGGUGGGCGAGGGGUACCUUGCAGGCUCUCGCGUGUACUGAUGGCCCUGGAGGCUAUCCCACUAGGGAGUUUCAGCGUGUUCUCCAGGCCGAGGUGUGGCUGUUUUGGGCUUUAUCCAGCUCAGUCAGUGGUCCCGUGACAGGCCCUGCAGCCCCUCCUCCCGUGGGCAAGGCUGCCUUCCACGGUCUUUCUGUGCCCAUCCUCGCCCACGGCGCCCUGCUUGUGCCGCCCCGCUGCCUCUGGUCUUCCUCUUCUUGGACCAAAAUCCUUGGGUUGAAGCAGCUUUAUCUAUUCAGACAUCACAGCCCAGGUGGAUAAAGGUACUUGGCAGGAGAUGAGAACUAGCCAAGAAAAAAUCUUAAACAAACCAAACCUGGAAUUUGGGCUUUUCCUAAAGCUUCUCCCCCUCACCCCACCUUUUCCUUGCUGAGACUUUACCUGGGGCAGGUUAUCAGUUUGACUCAUGUUUUGUAUCACGUGUAAGUUUUCUGUAUCCCAUUGAUUCGCAAGGCUCAGUUGUAUGCUAAAGAAAGGUCCUCUAGACAUGGAAAGAAAGGUGCGCACGGCCAGCCCUUCUGGGCCAAAGCCAGCAGCUUACCUGAGUCGAGAGUAACAGGGCUCCAUCCUCCCUAACCCCUCUGGAGCACACCCCCACCAAGCCCUCCUGAAUCAGCUUCCUGCCCAGGCCUUCGGAGCGCAUCUCCAGUGGCUGGGGGAGCACCUGCCUUAGGAGAAGCUGCCACGCCUGGGAAACCAGGGAGUGUGGUGCCCACACCCUCCCUGGUCGGUCCCCUCCCUGAGCAAGGCUUCAGUCUAGGGCAUCCACUGCAUUGUCUCCUGUGGCCCAUUGAUCACAGCCGAGCCCGGGAUGGAUUUUGAUUUUGGCCGAGCAAGUGAAUAGUGGACGUGGUGACUGUGAUACCACCGGACUUGCCACCCAACCCAGCUCUAAGUCUAGACAGACAGAACCCACAGGCCUUGGUUCUGAUUCGUUUUCCGCAGGAACAUCUGUGUGUUCCCAGUGCCAAGUCACACUGGGGAGGGAGGGCGAGGGCUGACCCACGUCCUCAGGAGCGUGAGGUCGGAGGAGUACAGAUGGGGCAUUUGCCUGAGAGAUGGUGGGCAGCCAGAUCUUUGGUUCUUCAGCCCUGAGCUCUGUUCUGUGACCUGCCUUCAAAUCUGGCCUCUCCUUUGAAUGGAGGCCAGUCCUGCACCAGACUGGAGAUCUGACGGCCUGGAUCCAGCGGGAACCAGCCGUCCUACCUGCCCCGUGGUCCAGAGCAGGGCGGGGACCCAUGAAAAAGGCACUGCUCACCCUGCAGAUGAGAACGGGGCAAGGACCUGCUGCCUGGAGUUUUUAAAACCCUGUAUUUUGGUUUGCGGGAGGUGAGGCUUGGCAGGGAACGUGUGGCUCCUGCUUUGCUGUCACGGCCUAGCUUCCAUGGCCCUCAGACACAGCCCGGACCAGAGCCUGGCUUCUCACUGGGGACUGUGGUUGUCUUCCCUCUGGCUGCCGGUGUCUCUCCUGCCGUCCACCCAGGGCAGGUGGCAAGCUGGGGACCUGACGAGUGUGUUUACCUGCCAUCAGUGCCUGUUGUUCAGGAGCCUGGCUCUGGCGCAGGAGCCCCUCCAGCGUGGGAAUGACUAGGGCUCCUUGGCUAAUGCUUUCUAGUGUCUAUUUCUUUCCUUGAUAAGUGGAUGAUCUGAAGGCGCUCCACGUGCCGUGCGGGGAGCUGGAGGUGGAGGGUCUGGGGUGAGGGCUGUUCUGAGUCCCCGAUGGAGAGCUGCAGGGGGCAGGUUCCGGGGCAGCACCAGGGCCGGCGCACCCUGAGGGCACAGGCACCGCCCCACGGGCGCUGGCUCGCCCUUCAUUUGUGUUCCAACAUUCGGCACCCCCGCCCCUCAGUUUGCUGCAGGUGUGACUGGGAGAGCCAGUGCCGCUGGCCCUGGGCAGAUGCAGCCUGCGGGGCAGGCCGCUGGGUGGUGCUGGGUGGUGCUGGGUGGGUGCGGGGAGAGUGGGUGCCUGCUGGGCUUCCGGGCACCGCUUUGUUCAGUGUAUGGGGAGGGCCAAACGUGCCAUCGCUGUUGUUCAGAAGAAUGAGUAGCCCUGCUGGCGUUGCGGAUUGAAAGCGUAUCGAGCGCAGUCUUCCCGGAGGUUGCUGGAGGCCUGCGGGUGCUGUCCUGAUGCCUUGUCCCUGCUCCCCUGCCACCCGGUCACUGACGGCCUGGUCUUCAGCACAGACCCUGCAUUCCCCGAGGGCAGCUGCGGGAAGGGAGGCAGGGGUGGCAGGACCAGUGUGCUGGUGGUGCACUUCCUGUCCCCCCAGACACCCAAGAAGCCGUUGUCUUGGUGCUGAGGCCACUGCCCUGUUUCUGUUGGUCCAGCGGGCCCCUCCUCCUGUGGUGGCCGAGUGUGAGAGGCCAAUCCAGAGAGAGGCACAGGUGCACCUUGACCGUCACUAGGCCUGGUGGAAGGGGACUCUUCACCCUGGGGAAGUGUUUUUAACAGAAAGAUGGAACUUGCCUUUGGACUGUGGCUGUGCUGGGCUGGGAGGAAAGGGCCGCCCUCUCUGGGCUGAGUCUCCAGGCCUCACGAGGUCCCCUGUGGGGAUGCUGCUAUUUCUAAGAUGCAAAUUGCACAUUUCCUAGAUUUUGUAUCUGUGGAUUUGGAUAAGGGAGGGGGACAGGGACAAACUGCUUGUACAAUUUGAAAUGGGCCGAAAUGGUACUUCAAAUCUUUUGAUUGUUCCUAAAUAAAAACGUAAAUACUUUUCCCA